UCUAUCACGCCUUCAACAAUUUUGUUUGUCAUCCCGCUCGGCAAAAAACAAGAAAACUUUAGUUCUUCGUGUUAUAUAGCUGAAAUAAAAGGAACAAAUAAUGGAUUUGGAUUUGGCACGCGAUAUGCCACGCGCUGGCUUCAAUUUUGACAACUGCAAGCGCAAUGCGACUUUGAUGAAAGGAGGCUUCAAGCCACCGACCACCACGAAAACAGGAACCACGAUUGUUGGCAUUAUCUUCAAGGAUGGCGUUAUCCUGGGUGCCGAUACGCGUGCUACAGAGGGACCCAUCGUGUCAGACAAGAACUGCGCCAAGAUCCACUACUUGGCUAAGAACAUAUACUGCUGUGGAGCUGGAACCGCUGCAGACACCGAGAUGACAACGGAUCUAAUCUCCUCCCAACUGGAAUUGCAUCGUCUUCAAACUGAGCGCGAGGUACGCGUAGUGGCCGCCAAUGUGAUGCUCAAGCAGAUGCUUUUCCGCUACCAGGGACACAUCAGUGCCGCCUUGGUGCUCGGCGGGGUGGAUAAGACUGGUCCCCACAUCUACUCCAUCCACCCACAUGGAAGCUCUGAUAAACUGCCUUAUGCCACCAUGGGAUCGGGUUCGUUGGCAGCCAUGACCGUUUUUGAAAGUCGCUGGAAACCCGACAUGUCCGAGGAGGAGGGCAAGAGACUGGUGCGCGAUGCCAUUGCUUCCGGAGUGUUUAACGAUCUGGGUUCCGGUUCCAACAUCGACUUGUGCGUGAUUCGCAAGGGCAGCGUAGAAUAUCUGCGCAACUAUGAGUUGGCCAACAAGAAGGGCGAGCGUCAGUUGGACUACCGCUUCAAGCAUGGCACCACACCCGUUCUGCACACCACCGUCAAGGAUCUACUUGUCACCGAACGCGUUCAGGUGGUGCCAAUGGAGACUUCUUAGAGGGAUUCAUUUUUCUACCUUUUCGUACGUUUAUUAUAAUAGAGCUUUGGCUCAGUGGAUCUGCUUGGAGUGGUUAAAUAAAGGAAGUAAUGCUUCAACUCA